AUGGAGCAAAAUGGUCUUGAUCACGAUAGCAGAUCUAGCAUCGAUACGGCUAACAAUGACACUCAAAAGACUUUUUUAAAAUUCAGAUCUUACACCCAAUUGAGCGAAAAAUUGGCAUCCAAUCCUUCAUAUGCGACAUCACGACCAAACGAUGAUAGUUCUAAAGGGGUAGCUACUGCAGUGUCGCAAGGUUCCGGAUCUAUAAUCUCAUGGACAACUUUAACUCACGUAUAUUCGAUUUUAGGUGCCUAUGGAGGGCCCACGUGUUUGUAUCCGACGACGACGUAUUUUCUGAUGGGCACUUCCAAGGGAUACGUACUCAUUUUCAAUUAUAACGAGCAUUUGCAAACAAUCCUAGUGCCGACCCUAUUCGAGGACCCUUCAGCUCACUCAAUAAGAAGCUCAGUGAAAUCGAUCGUGAUAUGUUCGGAUGGCACCCAUGUAGCUGCUUCAUAUGAAAGUGGAAAUAUAUGCUUAUGGAAUUUGAACGUAGGAUAUAGAGUAAAAACCGCUUCUGAACCAACAAAUGGUAUGUCCCCAACGCCCGCCUUACCGGCAAUCCUACAUAUCGAUGACCAUCUAAACAAGGAAGUUACAGGAUUAGACUUUUUUGGCGCUCGACAUACAGCCCUAAUUGUUAGCGAUAGAACAGGUAAAGUAUCACUCUAUAACGGCUACAGAAGAGGUUUUUGGCAAUUGGUUUAUAAUUCCAAAAAAAUCUUAAAUGUGAAUUCAUUUAAUGAGAAACUGAUAAGAUCAAAGUUGUCUCCCUUAAUAUCACAGGAGAAAAUAUCCACUAAUUUGUUGAGCGUACUUACUACUACUCAUUUUGCCCUUAUUUCAUUAUCUCCACAUGUUUCUUUGAUUUUCCAGGAAACUAUUGAACCUUCAAUACGAAACUCCCUUGUGGUGAAUAGUUCGAUUUCGUGGACUCAGAACUGUUCCAUGGUUGCUUAUUCUGUAAACAACAAAAUUUCCAUUAUUUCCCUGUCUUUAUCUGACCUCAAUGUUCAAUCCGCUACACAUUCAUCUGAAUUUGCCGAAUCUAUAUUAUCUAUUCAAUGGAUUGAUCAGCUCCUACUAGGUGUUUUAACAAUAUCCCAUCAAUUUUUGGUAUUGGAUCCUCAACAUGAGUUCAAAAUCCUUUUGAGACUGGACUUUUUGAUUCACGAUUUAAUGAUCCCACCUAAUAAAUAUUUUGUAAUAUGCAGAAGAAGUUUUUACUUGUUAACAAACUACGCAUUCAAAAUCGGUAAAUUUGUUUCCUGGUCAGAUAUUACUUUAAGACAUAUAUUAAAAGGUGAUUACUUAGGCGCAUUGGAGUUUAUCGAAUCUCUUCUGCAACCUUAUUGCCCAUUGUCAAAUCUGUUGAAAUUAUACGAUGAUAAGGAAGAAAGGGCUAAACAGCUUAUGGAGCCAUUUUAUAAUUUGUCUUUGGCUGCUCUAAGGUUUCUUAUAAAAAAAGAUAGUGCAGACUACGAUAGGGUUUACCAACUAUUAAUGGUUGUGGUUCGUGUUUUUCAGCGAUUUUCCAAGAACUCAGGCACGCUUCCUCCUCUGGAGGUCUUCCUGGAGCAAGGACUGGAAUUCUUUGAGUCCAAAGACAAUGCAGUAUACUUUGAAGUUGUGGCAAACAUUGUUGCACAAGGAUCUGUUACGUCAAUUUCCCCAGUCCUUUUCAAGUCCAUAAUUGAUUACUAUGCUAAGGAGGAGGAUUUAAAAGUAAUCGAAGACUUAAUUAUUAUGUUAGAUCCCAUUACACUAGAUGUUGAUCUUGCAGUCAAAUUAUGCCAACAUUAUAAUCUGUCUGACUUAUUAAUAUACAUUUGGAACAAGGUUUUUGAUGACUACCAAACCCCGCUGGUAGACUUGAUAUACAGAAUUUCUAACCAAAGUGAAAAAUGUAUCAUUUUCAAUGGUCCCCAAGCACCCUCUGAAACGACUAUAUUUGAUUACCUAACGUAUAUUCUUACUGGUAGACAGUAUCCACAGAACCUACCCUUAUCACCCAGUUCUAAAUGCAUUGAAGUUCAAAGAGAACUAUCCGCUUUUAUUUUCAGCGGUUAUUCUAUAAAAUGGCCAAUGAACAGUGACCAUAAACUUUACAUAUGUGAUGAUCCCGAAGAAGAGCUCGCUUUUCCUUACUUUAACCUUUUAUUGAAAUCUAAUCCUAACAGAUUUUUAGCUAUGCUUAAUGAAGUGUUCGAAGCAUCUCUAUUCAACGAUGACAAUGAUAUGGUAACAUUAAAUGGAGAACCUGAAUCAAUCAGUAGGCAAUAUAUUAUUGACCUGUUAUUGGAUAUUAUGAAAUCCACGGAACAUUGUAAUGACAUCAGGGUACUUGUUGCAAUUUUCAUUGCAACUAGUGUAUCAAAGUAUCCUCAAUUCAUUAAGGUAUCUAAUCAAGCGCUAGAUUGCGUUGUUUGUACCAUAUGCUCCUCCAAGGUUGAAGGUAUAUAUGAUAUUUCUCAAAUAGCCCUAGAGUCACUUCUGCCUUAUUACCAUUCGAAAACUACCGAAAAUUUCAUACUUGAAUUAAAGGAAAAAAAGUUCAAUAAAGUUCUCUUCCACAUUUAUAAAAAUGAGAACAAGUACUCCAAUGCGCUUUCACUACUUUUAGAAACAAAAAAUGUCGAAAAAGAGUAUAACACUGAUAUUGUAUCCCUAACUGAGUAUAUACUGAAAAAUUGCCCACCCGGAAGUUUGGAAUGUAGCAAAGUUACUGAAAUUAUCGAAAUGAACUUUGAACUUCUUCUUUCAAAGAUUGGCAUUCAGAAAUGCGUGAUAAUAUUCUCUAAUUUCGAUAUUAGUCUUCACCAAGAAAUCUUGAAAGUAAAGAAUGAAGAGAUUCAGCAGAAAUACCUAGAUAAUCUAUUCUCUUUGUCAAAUGUUAGCAAUAAAGUCGAUAAGCGCUUGAGGACUCUAUACAUCGAGUUGAGCAGUAAAUACAAGAAUAAAAGGGAAAUGAUAUUGUGGCUAAACAGGACAGAUCUCAGCAACGCUGAGAGCCUACGUGUAUUGGACUUAUUGAAUCAAGAUUUGAACUUUGAGGCUGCUGCUGUAAUUCACGAACGCUUACAAAAUUAUAACCUUGCAGUCAGGGAUUUAUUGAACUCUAUUGAACAAUGUUUAAAUGAAGGGGAAACUAAUAUGAAUACCUUUUUGGAUUGCUUAAGGAGAGCUUUCGAUGAUUGUAAUUCUGCUGGUACUGGAAAGAAAUCGUGUUGGGUAUUUUUGAUUACAUUUCUAAUCACUCUAUAUGGGCAUUACCCUUCACACAAUGAAAAGAAAGGUCUGUGUAAUAAACUACUGCAAGAGGCAUUUUUGGGAUUGAUUAGGUCCAAAAGUUCCUCUCAAAAGGAUUGGUGUGGAGAAUUCUGGGAAAUAAUGUCUUCUGUUCUUGAGCAUCAAGACGUCAUUUUGAUGAGGGUCCAGGAUUUGAAACAAUUACUACUGAAUGUUUUCACUACUUACAAAUUGGAAAGAUCACUUUCUGGAUUAAUUCAGAAAAUAAUAGAGGAUUCCUCACAAGAUCUAGUCCAACUUUAUAGGAAAUUUUUGAGCGAAGGAUGGUCUAUACACACCGAAGACUGUGAAGUCUGCGGGAAAAAAAUAUGGGGAGCUGGUCUAGACCCGUUACUUUUCCUGGUUUGGGAGAAUGUACAGCGUAACCAAGAUAUGAUUAGCGUAGAUCUCAAGACCCCUCUUGUGAUAUUCAAAUGUCACCAUGGCUUUCACCAGACUUGUCUCGAAAAUCUGGCCCAAAGGCCCAACGAAUACUUUUGUUUAAUUUGUCAAACAGAAUCUAACCCAAAGUGA